AUGUCGUCUCUCGCUAAGAAGUCGAUGCUAUUCAUGAGGGAUGUGUAUAACCUGGCAUCAAACCCGGGAGAACUGCUGCAGUCAACGACAACGUCGACGUCUUCACAAGGCUUCAAACCGUCGCAAGGUCUGUCGAACCAAUUCAACCCGGCAUAUGUUCAGCAACGUCCUCUUCCACCACCCCAUCCCGCGCAAGUCGCUCAACCGACGUACCAUUACUCUUAUCCAGGGCCCCAAAAUGCCCAGCCUUAUGGUCACUGGUCUGGUCCACAGGCGCCCGUGUCGCCAUUAUCACCACAGACAGCACCAAACGUAUAUCCUGGAGCCAGUCCGGCUCCGUAUGUGCUUCCAAACACAGGCCGGCCUCCUUCGCCGCCGUCUCCUAUAUUGUCCCCAUCAAUCCCGCAGCCGUAUACAAGUAAUCCAGGGCAUGGAGUACAGCAGUAUUCUCCUGUUCCCCCGCCUCUGCCCGCGCGAAGACCCCAGCAUCAGCAGCAUGCUUCGUCAUGGCACAGCCCGACAGACCCCGAGCCCCAUUAUCAAUCCCAAUUGAAUGGAUCCGUCGGUGCACAGAAUCUCGGAGAGUUUGGUCUAAUGCAACAGAACGUGCCUGUCCCUACUUCUUCUGGCGGGCAUUCAGUCCCCCACGGUAGUUGGGCAAUGCCGCAAGCAGAACCCAGUCGAAUGCCGCUGAGACACAACACUGUCAACCAGCACCACACCGCUGGGUAUUCCGGAGCUGUCCCGAGUGAAUCACAUCUUCCAGUUUCUGAUCAACACCUUUCCACAAAGCCCGUCCCUGCUCUGACUUCGAGCCAAUUGCCUGCCCAUGGGUAUCAUGAAAUGCCAGCCGUGGCAUCUAACAACUGGAAACCUGUUUACGGACACGAGACAGGUACCGCUACAGUGGCUGGAUCACCGCAACUAUCCAAUGGGCCUGCUGCUGUGCCUUUAUCGACGGCACAUGCGUCGCAGACUUCGAGCGCUCGCCCAGUCGAGCUUGCUUCGUAUAGUUGCGCCGUCGAGGCCGUUGAGCUACCAGCCUCACCUAUCAUGGCCAAGUCAUCACAUUCUGCUGAAGCCUCAUUAUCCUCGAUGCAGCGACCCGAGGGUCCCUCGCGCUACCAACAUCAUUAUCCAACAUCAACAGCAGAGACAGUCACAACCAAUGGACCAGUUGCACCAGCAUUUGCGGUCGAGCUGGAUUCAACGCCGAUAACUGCAGGUUCCUCAGCUACUGCGACUGCAACACGCAAGAAUGUGCAGACUAAUGUCGUCCACCCUUCGCAACCUGCUCCCAUGUACCAGGUAUAUCCUGGUCCUGCUCCAUCCCCUUCCCCUUAUCCGUCUUUCUCGCCUCCUCCUCUGGAAAGUUCUCCCACUCAAUUUGACCCUCGCAAUAGCUCGUCAGGCGUCCUUGGGCAGCAGAGACCUCCUCUCCACAUGCAGCAGCAAGUCCCGUCCCCUGUAACAAUGGGGGAGGCUGACAGUGUCGCUUUGGCCCAGGCGAGAAUGAGAGCGCAAACAGCAAGCCUGCCAGCUGCGAGACUAAACCCAAGUCCACUCCCAUCAUCGCACUCGGAGCCCAGACUCCAGCCGCAUCACCAGACAGACGUGCCUUACCCGGUACAUCACAGCCCGGGCACGGUUGCGAUGCCGCUGCACCAUGAUUACUCGUAUCCUAGGUAG